AGAGACCUCAAUAAAACCCAAUACAAAAGUCUAGACUCUGAUUCUGACCUCACCUCUCAUUAUCAAUUUAUUCUUUCUUCUCUCUGAUUCAAAACUUGAACCAAUAUUUUGAGAGAGCAUGGCAAACAUUCGUUUAAUCUCCUCCAGCAGUGUCUGUGCAGCCAAUCACAAGAAACCGAACCUAAGGAUUGAUUUAACUCCUUGGGAUCUUCAGCUCUUUCUGGUGGAUUCCAUCCAGAAGGGACUUCUCUUUCACAAACCAAAACCUCCAGACAAUGAAGAAUUAGAAAACACAAACUUCAACUCCAUAAUCAACCACCUUAAGACCUCCCUUUCACGUACGCUUGACUUCUUUCCCCCGCUAUCAGGUCGCUUUGCCACCACUGAACAUGACGAUAACACAGUCUCCUUUUUUAUAGAUUGCAAUAAUGCUGGAGCCGAGUUUAUUCAUGCUGUAGCUGAGGGAGUUUCAAUUGCAGAUAUCAUUGAACCUAUCUACGUUCCUAAAAUUGUUUACUCCUUUUUCCCACUAAAUGGUGUUAGGAACCAUGAGGGUACCUCCAAGCCAUUGCUCGCCGUGCAAGUUACUGAGCUUGUGGAUGGGAUCUUUAUUGGUUGCACCAUUAACCAUACCGUUGCUGAUGGCUCAUCUUUUUGGCAUUUCUUCAAUUCUUGGUCAGAAAUUUCUCGAGGUUUGAAUUGUUUAUCCAAACCUCCUCUUCUUCAGCGCUGGUUUGUUCGUAAUACUGAUUGUCCUGUUCGCAUACCUCUCUUGACCAACGAACAACUUUAUAAUAGGUUCGUUCCACCACUUCUGCAACAAAGAGUUUUUCACUUUACAAGGGAAAAUAUAGCAAAACUCAAAGCAAAAGCCAAUGCUGAGAUAGGCACCAACAAAAUCUCCUCUCUUCAAGCUCUCUUAUCUCACUUUUGGCGAUCUGCAAUCCGCAACAAACAUCUUGAUCCCAAUGAAGAGAUUAAUUAUCGCAUGUUGAUCGGUGCUAGACAAAGAUUGCAAGCACAAUUGCAGGCAGAAUAUUUUGGAAAUGCAGUUCAGACUGGGACAGUAGCAAUGAAAGCAGGAGAGGUAGUAGAGAAAGGACUUGGCUAUGUGGCAUUGCAAAUGAACAAGAUGGUUGCUGUGCACACAGAAGAGAAGUUAAUGAACUUCUUGAAGUCAUGGACGGACAGCCCAAAGCUAAUAACAAUGGACAGCGUGGUAACUAAUGCUUUGGUCACUAGUAGUUCGCCAAGGUUCAACAUUUACGGCAAUGAUUUUGGGUGGGGAAAACCAAUUGCAGUAAGAAGCGGACCAGGAAACAAGUUUGAUGGGAAGAUAACAGUGUUUCCUGGAGAAGAAGAAGGCAGUGUAGACAUUGAAGCUUGCCUUUCGCCUGAAACAUUACAGGGUAUGGCAAAUGAUGCAGACCUCAUGGAAGCUGUUAUUAACUAGUCUAGAUUGAGUCUGGAAUCCAGUUAAUUACAUAUAUCCAUUGUAUAUAAUUAUAAUAAGUUUCUGCAGUUGUUUCAUAGAUGCAUCAAGGAUGAAGCUUUGUUUAUCUUUUAAUCUUUCUGUAUUAUGUUAUAUCGUAAUUAAUCAUUUGGUUUCAUGUUUUAAAUGUGGGGUAAAAUAUGACCGACAUAAAUUUGUGGUCUGUGACUGGUUGUCAUUGGAUGGACCCGUGACCGACAAAAAGCCGAGCAGAAAGUCCAACCAAUAG